CAAUUAUAUAAGGAAGCUUGUACCCUCGAUCAACAAAUUUAGAUUAUCAUUCAUACCAUCAAACAACACAAAAUCAUACACAACUUUGAUACUCACACAAAUUCAUUACGCACACAAUCGCGUAUCAUACAACAAUCAAUCAAUCAUACACAACUAGCAAUCAUGGAUCCCAGACUUCAAACCGUCGGCGAGCAAAACGCUCUGUUCACAGAUCCAUUCGCAGAACAGGCCAUUGGGUCACCACUCAAGAAAGUCAACACAAGCACAAGCUCCUCCUCCCAUCUAGACUCUCCUUUCGAUGAUUUUGCACAAGACUGGAAGACUACAACCCACGAACGAGACAGCUGGGCUACACGUGAGAGACGACGUUCUACUGCGUUCGGAAAUAUCAGCAACUCUGCUUUCAUGGGUACUCAUCACGAAGCCAAACAUGGUCGCAGCGGUAGUUCAUCACAUCCACGAAAAGGAUCUGUUCUAAGCAUGUGGUCAGACUCGAACGAUGAAGAGCCUGAUGACCUUCUAGUGAGGGUAUCAAGUAGAAAGUCCGAGGGGUCUGAGAGGGAAGGAAGAAGAGGAAGUGUGUUGAGUUUAUUCUAUCGCAAGAAGGAUGAACAAGGAAAGGAUAUCAUCAAUUCCGAGGGGCGCUAAGACAUAUCAACUUUGACAGUGGAUGAUAAGCUUCUGUUUGGACUGUUGUAUAUGGCGAAAUAUUUGAUACCUGGGUAAAGCCCGCUUUUUGACGAUGAUUUACGAGUUUACUUGGCUCACACAUUGUAUUAUAUAGAGAAGAUGUACUGUACAUUGGGAUUUUCUGUGGAACUCGGGAUGAAAUACCGAAACAUUUGGAUUGUAUUAUGAAUCAAACGUAUUUUAGAUUCUUCUUCAAACUGGCUCUGUAAUACUGGAGGGAAUUGUUAAGAUGAUUUUAAUGCCAUACAUCUAAUUCUCGAAUUUUGAAAAACUUGAAUGGCUCACUGCC